CAUGUCUAUUUCGCUCAAAUUUAACGAAAACCUUACAGAAAAUAAUAAGAAACGGCAAAAAAUAGACUUAAUCAUCGAUUUCAAAUAUUGGCUUGCAUCGCAAUCGUGCGUCUCCUAUAAGAAUGAUAUUGGCUAUAUAAAUAAAAAAUACCAUCCGACAAAAGUGGAUAUUAUGUUCAAAAAAAAAAUUAAGAUGUUGAUUGCGAAUAUUACAGAACAAAGCAAUGCUUUUUUGGUUACUCAAGACGUAGAGAAAUAUGUAUGGAUGGAAGAUACAAGUGCAAAAACAUUCAAUUUUGAAGUUCAAUCUACAGACAAUGAGGUUGAAAAUGUGGUAACUCGUGAAAACCUCUCACAUUACAUAUGUUAUACUUCCUAUAAGAUUGAUUGGAGCAACACAAGAAUUGUAAAAGCUGCAACUAACAUGAGUAAUUUUCUCCUUUUGACUGAGGAUGGCAAAAUAUAUUACACACACAAUUCGAUCGAAGGUAAAGAAAAAGAAUGCAGUAUACAUCAAUUGAAUAUACAUGAAAUGAAUAUCAAAGAGCAGAUUACAAGCAUGAGUUGCGGAUAUAAUUGUUAUGUGAUAGCUACAAACAGUCGUACGUUCUUUUGGGGUUUUAUAUAUAACGACAGAGAGGAUUCUUCUCAUGAUAGUGCCGAAUAUAUGUGCCGAAAUUCAUGGUGUACAUUCGACCCACAUAAAAAAUUUAAUUUUACAUUCAAAACAAUUGUCAAGAUAGCUUGUGGGAUUGAUUACACCCUUGCUCUAACUAAUGAAGGAAAACUCUACUGCUGGGGAGGUCCAUACUUUUAUGAAACGACUUUUUGCAGCAAUCAUUCCGGCAACAAUGACAUUUCCCCUAUCCAGAUGAAUAUAAUUAAUGUAAAAAACCUAUCAGACAUCGCCGUCAUUAAUUACACUAAUUUUGUCAAGUCUAGCAAGAAUGAACUUGUGUACGCAUGGGGUUUUAUUUUUAAAAGACAAUAUAAAGAACCAGCUGUUUGUGAAUAUACGAACGCGUUUGACAUAUCCAACUCGAUGACAGCUCGUUCACCAAUAUCCGUGGCCGAUGAAUUCAUAAAUGAAGAAUUUCACAUAUUAAAAGACUUGGAAACUGCAUUCAACGAUCAGUCAACAAGUGAUCUCACGAUAAUGGUCGAGAAACAAUCAAUUUAUGUUCACAAAGUUAUCCUGAAGAUUCGUUCCACAUAUUUUAGAAGUAUGUUCCAAACUAAUUAUGUUGAAAAUAGACAACGGUACGUUUUUACAAAAAAAAUGUCAUCGUGA